AUGAGCAGCCUGCGCCAGCAGCAUCAAGGGAGCACCGGCUCGGAACGUGAACUCAACUCAGCAGCUUCCUCCGUCAGCUUGCCCUCAGUCAGGAAGACCCCUAAGAAGCGCCGCCUUUCCCUUCAAGCGCUCUUCGGCCGGCGAUGGCGGUCCGAACGCGAGUCCAAGCGCAAGUCCAAAUCUGCGCCGGAUCCACCUAACCUUGGCACAGAUGGCGUCCCGCCGGAGACUUCAGGCGACGGAGCGUCGGCGCGCUCCGUCCAUGCGGCGUCAACGUCCCCGGCUGCGGGAGGCUCGGAACUGUUGGAGUGCCCGUUGUGCCUGCUGCGCCACACGCGCGACCGUUUCCCCGACAUCAUGACGUGCCACCACCGCUCGUGCGCCGACUGCUUGCGGCAGUACCUGCGCAUCGAGAUAUCAGAGUCGCGCGUCAACAUCUGCUGCCCGGAGUGCUCGGAGCGCUUUAAUCCGCACGACAUCGCCAUGAUUCUGGACGACCGAGCCCUCAUGGAGAAGUACGAGGAGUUCAUGCUACGCAGGUGGCUAGUGGCUGAGCCUGAUUGUCGCUGGUGUCCGGCGCCGGACUGCGGUUAUGCCGUCAUCGCGUUCGGGUGCGCCAGCUGCCCGAAAAUCACGUGCGGGCGCGAGGGCUGCGGGACCGAGUUCUGCUACCACUGCAAGCAGCUGUGGCACCCCAACCAGACGUGCGACACGGCCCGCCAGCAGAGGGCGCAGCAUUUCCGCCUGCGCAGUUUCCGCUCCUCGUCGCUAAGUUACAGCCAAGAGAGCGGCGCCGCCGGCGACGAUAUCAAGCCGUGCCCGCGCUGCGCCGCCUGCAUCAUCAAAAUGAACGACGGCAGCUGUAAUCACAUGACUUGCGCCGUGUGCGGCUGCGAGUUCUGCUGGCUCUGCAUGAAGGAGAUCUCUGAUCUGCACUAUCUCAGUCCAUCCGGUUGUACUUUCUGGGGGAAGAAGCCAUGGAGCCGGAAGAAGAAGAUCCUCUGGCAGCUGGGGACCCUAGUUGGCGCCCCCGUGGGGAUCGCGCUUAUCGCGGGGAUCGCUUUCCCCGCGAUGAUCAUCGGAAUCCCUGUUUACGUGGGCAGGAAGAUCCAUAAUCGCUACGAGGGCAAAGACGUGUCCAAGCACAAGAGGAAUUUGGUGAUAGCGGGCGGCGUGACAUUGUCCAUCAUCGUGUCACCAGCGGUUGCUGCUGUCACUGUUGGAAUCGGCGUACCCAUCAUGCUUGCAUACGUCUACGGCGUAGUACCCAUCUCGCUGUGCCGGAGCGGCGGCUGCGGCGUGUCGGCCGGCAACGGCAAAGGGGUCCGCAUCGAGUUCGACGACGAGAAUGAAAACCUGGGCGCCGGCGCCACAGCAACGGACACGACGUCGGUGGCCGAGACAAGGCUAAACAACGCCAGUUUGGGAGACGGCGCCAGUGUUGGCGGCCUGACUGGACUGAGCCUCAGUGUUAGCGGCAGCCACAUGGAGCGUUGCGGCGUGGGCUCAGCCCAGCGAGACAACAUGAGCGACGACGCUAGCACCACUGCCCUCGCGGGCGCUAGCAUCACCGGCAGCUUGUCGGGGAGCUGCUACAACAGGAUGGAGGUGCAGGCGGACGUCCAGAAGGAGCGCUGUAGUCUGAGCGGAGAGUCUGCAACAGUCAGCCUCGGGACCAUGAGCGACAACGCCAGCACUAAAGCCAUGGCGGGCUCUAUACUCAGUGCCUACAUGCCUCUAGAAAGAGACAACAGUCUGGAAGUGCAAGUGGACGUGGAGUCCAAAGAGGAAAAAGUGCGACACUGCAGUGCAAGCAGCAGCCUGGAUGAAGCCAGCUGCAGCAGCAGAGGAACGUGCGGCGCCAGCGUUGCUUCCCCCGUGGACCCCAACGCGUCAGCGGGGAGCAAGAAAAGCAAAGGGAAGAUGUGGAAACGCGGAGGAGGCAAGGCCGAGUCCAAAGUCAACCACACGCACGGAGACGCCGAACGCCGCAGCACCGUCUCGUCCGAGUUGGACUCGCCGUCGCUGAGCGGGAGUUUGCCGUCGGUGGCCGACUCGCAAGGCAGCCGCUUGUCGGCCGAGCUCAGCGAGACGGAGGCGCCCGCCGUGGCGCCACUGCCCGAAGUUGAGCACGACCGCCUGGAGCAGCUCCCUUCUCAGUCAAACAACGCUUUCCGCCGACUCACGUCAUCGCCUAGCGAGGUUCUGUAUAUCGCCGAGGACCCCACCGACACUCGUGACUGCAUCACAACAGACAUUUAA